AUGCUUUUUUUUGUGAAGCCUGAGAGCUACUUUAGAUAUUUUAAUUUAAAUAGCCAUAGAUUCAAAGAAGCUAGAACUAAAGCAAAGAAAGUGCUGAAGAAAAUGAAGAAGCAAUUACUAGUAGAAAAGGUGAAGCCUAGUGAGGACACAAGAAGAAAUAAUGAGACAAGAGAUGUUUUUUUUAAGAAGUCGAGACUAUAA